CCUGCUAAUUGUUUAUGGGUGCCGAGCAACAUCAAGCUUUCUACUGCUCUGUUGAUAGAAUUUUUAUGUUAUAGUUUGUUUGCAUUUAGUGUUUCUAUGUACAUGAUUUUACACACAUGUGAUAGAAAAUGCCGGUUUACGUUCGUAAAAAUUUAAUGUCCAUAACGCCUGAUUCUCUUAGUAACUUGUCAAGCGAUGAUGAGGACUUCCUUACCGAUCCAGAUCAGAUGCUUGAUCGCCUUCCGCAGCCGUUUCGAUUGAUCAACAAGCUGUUGGUGCACAUAUUUGACAGGGCCUGGGAGCAAGUUAGCAUCCGAGAAGAUGUUAGAAUCGAAGAAUCUUCUCGCGUUAAGCCACCCCAAUAUGAAUGUGCAAUUCAAUUACAGGACCUUGAACAAACAACAUGCCUGAAGCAGAGUCCAGAUGGUCGCUAUAUAUUUGUUGGUCUUCCAAAUGGACUUGCUGUGUUGGAUGCUACGCACCACAUUGUCUUGGCAAGAUGGCAACAAGAAGAAGCAGAUAUAAGCACUCUGGAAAUAUCACUCAUUGGAGUUCAGAUGUAUCUUGUCACAGCCAUUGAUGAUUUAGGUUUACUGAGAAUGUUUUUCUUUGCAUUCAAUGGACUUCAUUUCUUUCGAGUCUUGAAUGAUCAAGAUGGGAUGAAGACCAUGGCAACAGGUGUUAUUCUGUCAAAUGAAGCUGACUAUAUUGCUGUAUCUAUGCAAGGGAGUGAUGAGGUUUGGCUUGAUGUGUUCAAAGUACCCAGAGACAGUUGGCUGCAGGAGUUGGACACAGCCCACAAUAAUGCUAUAAAACAGCAAGGUGCUCAGGCAAAGGCUAAGGAUACAACAGUAGACCACCCUAUUGAGGUGAGUGACCCUUCAGAGCAUGUUAGUGGUGUGCCAUUAGAGAGAUCUACAAGCAGAAAUCAAACUCCAUUAUCCCGUGCUCAAAGUGUGGACUUUACAGCAGAGCUGCACCAAAAGACUUCAGAUGUGAAGUCUAUGAACAUUAGCAACCUCUCAAAGCCAGCACACAUUCUAAGAGUUCGACCACCUCCACCAUUUACAGCAUUGCCAAAUUGUACACCUCAUGUUGCCUUGAGUAAGCUUGAUGAUGGCGCUAUACUUGGAUCUGGCACCAAGCAUCUGAUCUCAGAGGCACAUUCUGACCUUAGAACAACCGUCUUCCAACACCUUCAUGAAAAAGAUCUGAGAUGUUUGCCCAAAGAUGAUGAUGAGACAGUGCAAAGUUACAGACCACAGUCCUUGUGCGUGUUCCUAAAUGCUGGAAGAAUGCUUCCAAUUGGGUUGGAAUCACCUGCGAACACAGGCCGUCCAAACUGCAUUGCCGUAGCAUGGUCUGGCUCAACCAACCUUUAUCAUUAUAGCCUUCUAAAGCAAACUAAAGACAUAGAACAUAAACCUGAAUUGGUGUGGCCACACUCAAGCCCCAUUACAGUACUGUCAACAACGCCUUGUACUUCACUGCUUGGUAUUGGCCUACAGGAUGGAACACUGCUGGUGUGGGAUAAAGCCUAUGGUGUUCCUAUCAAAGUACAGAAAAUUUCAUCACAUGGUUAUGUCACAUACAUCAACUUUUUAAACCCAAGUGUGCUUGGUGAAGAUCCUCCAAGCCUCCCACCUUAUGCCACUAAACACGCCUGCGUAGCCCUAGUAGGUUGCAGCGAUGGCUCCCUGACCAGCCUGACAUGUGGGAGUAAGCGGACUACAGAGAGUGUCAGUAUUGUUGACAGGUCAGCCUAUGACAUUGAAAAGUUCAGUUUUAUUCAGACGUUUCCUUCAUUUCCACAAGUGAUUGUUACAGUGCGUAAGACAGGAGCUGUGAUGUUAUAUGACGCAGUUAAAGGAAAUGCAAUAUGUGAAGUGGUCCUUCCUGUCACGCACCAGCUGUCCACGCCAUGGUCACCUAGCAUAACAUUGGGAGCAGAGGGACAGAUGCUGUUCAUGAAAGCCAAUCUGCUGAAUCCUGACAAGGAGUAUAUGCCACACAGUGGAGACAGUUCGGUAUUUGCAUUCCAGCUUCGCUCAUUCCCGUCACUAGAUUGUUUUUGGCAAAAUAUUCAGGAGCCGCUGCCUUUUACAGUUCAUGUCACCGUUGAAAAGCGGUUUGACGCCUACCUAGCUGACAGGCUUGCAGCCCAGAACAAGAGGCAGAUAAGGAUGCAGGAACGGUGGUCCAAGCUCAAGAACGACGUUAAUGCCAUUCAGAAACUGCGCGAUGCAAAGGUUGAUGAAAACAGGGUCCGCUAAUUGUUUUGAGGGAAAAAAAUCCGAGAAAUGUGCAGUGUGAACAGGUCUGUGAAUGAUACAACUGGGUGAGCAUGGUGGCUUAGGCUUCCAUCCAUUAGGUCCUGGCUUCCCACCAAGGCUUAAAGCGGGAUUAGAAGUACUGUAACUUGUGUUUACAUGUUGCAUACAUAGGGACUAAGAAAAACGUGGGGUGUUGAAGACUGUAUCUUCAGUUACCCUUGCUUAGAGAGACAAAAUAACUAUAAUAAAGUUAUUAAUUCAUAGCAGAAUUUUCUUCAAUGCUAUUCAAAGCAGAGCACACACACCUUGUCAGCAGCAGGGCAAUUCCAUGAGCUGCAACACGUCGUGUGAUGCAGUUUUCUAUGAUCCACUCCAACUGCCACUGAAAAAUGAAGUCAGUCGACCGAUGCAGUGUUCGUCAGCCUAAUUACAUACAUAAGUUUUGUUUUGGUCAAAAGAUAAGAACUUUUAUUUGUAAAAAAUUGUUUUAAAUACAUAAAACUAAUGUAAAAACUUCGAAGACAUAGAUAGAAAAUAGAGACAGCAAAUUUUGACACAAUAAAAUAAUGUUUAUUUGCAUCUCAUUCCAAGAAAUAAAUAUAUUACCAUUGUAACAUUAAUAGUGUAAUUUAGAAAAUAUGAAAUUUUCACAGCCUGAUGAUUGCUAGCAUGAUGAAAACUUGUGUGUAUAAAUUUAUAGUUUUAAUAUAAUAGUAGUGUAAUUUGACAAUGUACAAUUUUGAACUUUCUAAAUUGUACAGUAUGUGUUUGAUACAAUUGUAAAUACAUGGAACAGUGUAUA